AUGAAGAUGCGAAUAGUACCAUACGCUGUGGACAUCAAAGUCCAGCGUGAAGAUAUCAAGAGAGCAGCAAUGGUAAAAAAUUGUCCGCAUCGCCAACAACGACUGACCAGGUUCCAACAUCUCUCAAUUUUUUUGAGCGUUGAAAAGGAGAUAGCGAUCCGGAAUGAUCUAGUAAUGGUGAACAAAGAGCUGCGCCAAAUUUAUUAG